UCAACAAAUGCUCUUCAUCCUCAGUGAGACUAGCCACAUCAGGUCGAGAUAGACUCAAGCUACUCAAAUAGCAAGCUGGUAUCAAGAUGCCUAACACCAACAGAAUCAUUUCGGAGACCAGGAAGGCAGAAAAAGGGAAAAAGGCCAAAGUGGUAAAAACGCCCACAGCAGAGAAGAUCCCAGGGUAUGAGACAAAUAUCCCUGAACCCAAAUGGAGAGCUGAUCUUAUCAAAUAUUGGAUUAACUUGUCUCUGGAUGACAAAACAGCCAAUAAAAUGCUGUGGAUCACAGAUGGUGGUGCCAAAGUGGCCAGAAUGACUGAUAACCUCGCGUGUCCUGUCUUGGACACACCAGACCGAUAUGAGUACGUUCCACAGGUUCUUUGCAAAGAGGGAAUCCUGGGAAGCCGAGGCUACUGGGAAAUGGAGUAUUCUGGAUGGGUUGUGAUUGGAGUCGCAUACGCAGGAGCUGGAAGAAGGAACAAGGAUGGGCCCUGUGGCCUGGGAGAAAACGAGGAGUCCUGGGGUCUCGGCUGGAGUGGUUCCAGCUAUCAUGCCUGGCACAACGGUCGCAUUACACAGCUUGUGGAGCUUCCCAGGUGCUCCACAAUAGGUGUAUAUGUUGACCAGCCUGUUGGUGUCAUUAAUUUUUAUGCUGUGGAGGAUGUGAUUGAGGGAGGAGAAAGCAAUGGGGAAAAGGAGGUUAGACUUUUGAAGCAGUUUAAGAGCUCCUUUAAGGAGAAGCUGAUGCCAGGUUUAUGGGUAGGAACAAACUCUGAGUGUGUAAUCAAAAAGAUGGAGGAAUAAAGGAGUGGAAGCAUAGAGGCAGCUUAUAAUCAUUUCUAAAAUUGAGUGUUUGUUGGGUGAGGAGUGAAGUAGCUGUUAUCCUAUUGCAAUAAAGCUGCAAUAAGGCUGUUUUAAACACAAAAUAUCCUCAGAUAAUAGGGUCAUCCACAUCAUCAGAACUUAUAUUUUACCAACACACUAAAGUAUCUCUGAGGAAAACAUAGGAAA